AUGGCGGUGCCACAGGCGCAUGUACCGCACUGCCCGCCUCCCGCGUACCCAGCUGCACCACCUGGCUAUGAGCAAGCCGUUCCACAAGGGCCUCCAGGCCUGGAUGAACCAAGAUUACGGAUGCCGCAGGACAUGCUGAGCCACUUCAGCCAAAGAGUCAAUCAUGCCACCGGCCAUGCUGAAUUGCAGGUGGUCGCAGAGUUGCGGCGCAUGGAAUCUUCUAUGAGUGCCCUCGCAGACAAGGUGAGACGAGUGGAGAUGCUUCUUAGCCAGAAGGACAAGGCGAAAGGAGGCGAAGCAGUGAUGCAGGACAAGUUAGAGAGGCUCCUGAUGAAGAUGGAGCAGAAGAGAGAGCAGGAGUUGCAGACGAUCAAG